CAUAAUAAAUUUUCACAGAUAGGCAACCCUUUCAUCAGAUAAGUAAGCUAUUAUUAGAAAUAAUAGGCAUUUCAACACAUGAUUCUAGAAUUCCUGAUGGUAGGGGAAGGAACUGUAAACAAUGACGUCAGAGAGGAAUGACAGGCGAAGAAUAUUAUAGUAUCUCUACGGUAAGCUGGUUGUUUGAUCCACCUGGAGGGGCCCACUGGGUAACGUGAGGCACCCGUCUGAGGCGACCUGUGACAGCAGCAAGGAUUUUGCUUGCAGCUGAGUCAGAAGGAGUUUACGGCGGCCCUAAAGGCAGAUCGCGUGAUGGACGUUGUUCCAUCGCUCGCCCUGCUCGAAGUCACGUCUCCCAAUCUUGUUGGCUUCGGCGGCGGAGGGUUGAGAGGUUCUGAUGUCUUCCUCUGGCAGCACCGUGUUUGGGUGGCCCCGUCCCUCAGCACUUGAAUGCUUUCGCUUUAAAAUGGCCAAAUCGCCGUCCACCUCCUAGACCUAAACGCUCGCUGUCGUUGUCUUGUGCCUUACCCUCGGCUUCCGAGGGCUUCUACAGAGCUUCCCGAACGAUACCCAGCCCUCGCCCUUCACCGUCACCUCGAAGGCAGCCCCCGCCUGCCUCCAUCGGGUCCCGAUGAGACCACGAGGAGCGCCUUCGCCACCCCACCCGCGGCGCUGCCCCUCACCCGGGCGGGCGGCCGGAGGAGGAGGAGGGCCGGCCCGGCUUCCCGCUUGUGCCGCAGUGCCGUGCAGUGCCUCUGGGGCCGGCCAGGGGGCGCUGGUUGCCCGAGAGCUGAGGCGGCCUCGGUGGAAAGUCAGCGGGCGAGCGAGUUAGCCAGGCAGCAGCAGCCCUUCGGUUGGGAACGAAAAGGACGAGCGGGAAGACCAGGCAAGCGCCGUGGUGGCCUUUCCGGCGUCCGCUGCGUACAAGGCCCGCCCAGGAGCCGAGCGCUCGGCACUGAGGGGGGAGUCUCUCCGUCAUGCAGGCCCGGCGGCGCCUGCUGUUGCCUCCGCCGCCGUCCGAGGAUCAAGCAGAGCAUGCCGAUUCAACUCAUCUGGCUGGCUGUGCAGUGUAUAUUAUGGAUAACCAUUGGCUCACUCAUUUCUUAAUGCAUGUAUAGGAGAAAAAGGUUCAGAAAAGAAGCUAGGAAGUGUUUCCUGACAAAUGGAGAACUACUUCCAGGCAGAGGCUUAUAACCUUGAUAAGGUUUUAGAUGAAUUUGAACAAAACGAAGAUGAGGCUGUUUCACCUACAUUGUUGGAUGCAAAGUGGAAUCAAAUCCUAGAUCCUCCUUCUCAUCGCCUGUCUUUUAACCCAGCUCUGGCCAAUGUGAAUGAAUCCACAGCUCCUAAUGAAUGUCCACAGAAAUUAAAAUCAUUCUCCCUCUCUCAUUUAACCACUGGAUCUAUAGGAGGAGGAGACUGUUGUUCCAAUGGAAACAAUAUUAAUGUGAGCCAAGAAAGGCCAAACAUGUGGAUUGAUGAUCAGGCAACAACAGAUGAUCAGCUAAUUAACAUAAAUGGUAAUCAGAGUGCUCAAUGUAGCGUUGUGGAUGAAGAAGAAAGAAAAUGUGGCAAUAUAGAUUGUUUACCAGGAGAAAAGAAUGUUUUAGUAGUAGCAGUCAUGCAUAAUUGUGACAAAAAAACAUUGCGAAGUGAUUUAUUGGAUUGUAAAAGCCACAGCAAUCCCUCCAUAAUGGAUUCCAUUAGCUUUACACUGGAUAAUGAAAAUCAACAUACUGAUCACCUUGAUGUUACUGUAAAUGGGUCCACAGAAAAAGAUACAGAUACUGAAAAAGAAGCAGCAGAAACAGAUAGACUGGAUGCAGAAGAGUCUUUAAACCAUUGUGUUACUGCUGCUUCUGAUUGCCCAUCCAGUGGAUAUUUGUCUUCUCUGUUAAAGGAGAAUGAUAGUACAAAUAAAGACUCUGAGUUCUCAGAAACUGCAUCACCAGGGAUGAAUGUAGUUUCCUUGCAGAAGCCACUUGACCCCAGCAUUCUAAUGCAAGAAAAAUGUGCAUCAGGUGAGGGAUUUGCUAUUAAUACUGUUGCUCAGACAACAGAACUAGAUAUUAGAAACUGUUCACCUUGUUCACAGAGUGGUGGUUUGUCCAUAGAAGUGGAACAAACAGACCAGCAGUUUCAAUCAGGGAUAUCUGAGUACUCUGCAAAUUGUGAGAUGAACACAUUUGGAAGAAGCAAUCACUGUGAUCAUUCUGGUGGACGUUUGGACUCUCAGGAGGUUAGUGAUGUUGAAAAUCAAGCUGACAAAUCUGAAAAAGAUCUUUGUACAACUGAAUUGCUCAACAGUGCAGUUUGUUUAUCAGAAACUCAGGAGAUGAUAAAUGGCGAACUGGUUAAACAAAAUGAGAUGAGUAAUAAGCAAACACAUGAGGAGAAUGAAGCAUUGGUGCAUCCAACAAAGCAUGAGGAAGCACACAGCAGUAUUGGUGAGAGCCCUGAUGCCAUUACAGAAGUAGGUCUUGACUCAAAGAUGAAAUCUAUAGUUGAGCUUGAAGAUUCCAGUACCACUGAUGGCAUGAGUACAUCAGCAUUGAGAGGUCUGCCCAAUUGUGAUUCCUAUGGAAUACAGAAUCCAAUUUUUGCUCAUAUUCCAAAGACUUUACCCUCUAAGGAAGAUUCUGUGACUGAGGAAAAGGAAAUAGAGGAGAGCAAAUCAGAAUGCUACAGUAGCAUUUAUGAACAAAGAGGAAAUGAAGCCACAGAUAGAAGUGGACUCAUUGUGAAUUGCACUGGUGACCAAACGAAAAAGAAAUAUUUAAAUAAUCUUUGCAGUCAGGUACCAUCUGUACCAGGUCAAGCAUCACCAAAACCUGCAGCGAAUCUGCAACCUCUCAGUGUUCCAUUUGGUGGUGCCAGGCCCAAACAGCCUACAAAUCUUAAACUACAAAUUCCAAAGCCAUUAUUGGACCAUUUACAAAAUGACUUGGUUCCCCCAAACUGUGGAGGUAGCAGUAAAAAUAAAAAUGAUAUGUCUGGAAAAUCAAAAAUAGCAGAAAACCUGGGAGCAAAUGUGUUUUCUGAUGAAACGUCACUGAAUGCCUCUGUUGUGGAUAUUGUUGGUGAACACUCAGACGAAUAUGAGUCUGGGGUUUCUGGUAGUUUGUGCCUUGCAGCGGCUUCAGAUAGUCCAGACAACGACCUUGGAGCUGGCCAGUUUGGAGUUCCAGCGAAAAAGCCAUUUACUACUUUGGGUGAAGUGGCUCCAGUUUGGGUUCCAGAUUCUCAAGCACCAAACUGCAUGAAAUGUGAAGCCAGGUUUACAUUUACCAAACGACGGCAUCAUUGCAGAGCCUGUGGAAAGGUCUUCUGUGCAGCAUGCUGCAGCUUAAAGUGUAAACUGGUAUAUAUGGACAGAAAGGAAGCCAGAGUGUGUGUUAUAUGCCAUUCGGUCCUAAUGAAUGCACAAGCUUGGGAGAACAUGAUGAGUGCCUCAAGCCAGAGCCCUAAUCCCAACAAUCCUGCUGAAUACUGUUCUACCAUUCCACCCUUGCAGCAAGCCCAGGCUUCUGGAGCCCUGAACUCUCCUCCACCUACUGUUAUGGUACCUGUGGGGGUCUUGAAGCACCCAGGUACAGAAGUGGCUCAGCCCAGAGAACAACGACGUGUUUGGUUUGCUGAUGGCAUCUUACCCAAUGGAGAAGUUGCUGAUGCAGCCAAAUUGACAGUAUCUGGAACAACCUCUGCUGGAGCGCUAGCAGUGUCACAUGAUCCAAGCAAGCCCAUGAGCAACAGUGCUUCACCAGUAGAGACUGAAAACACGCUGGCAUUUUCAAGAAGUAAAACUCAGGUUGGAAGUCCAGUUGGCAGUGCAAUGAAUCUUAUUCCGGAAGAUGGACUUCCUCCAAUUCUCAUCUCUACUGGGGUAAAAGGAGAUUAUGCAGUAGAAGAAAAACCAUCUCAUAUCUCAGUGAUGCAGCAGCUAGAGGAUGGUGGUCCAGACCCUCUUGUGUUUGUUUUGAAUGCAAAUUUGUUGUCCAUGGUUAAAAUUGUAAAUUAUGUGAACAGGAAGUGCUGGUGCUUUACAACAAAAGGAAUGCAUGCAGUAGGCCAGUCUGAAAUAGUAAUACUUCUCCAGUGUUUACCUGAUGAGAAGUGUUUGCCCAAGGAUAUCUUCAACCACUUUGUGCAGCUUUAUCGAGAUGCCUUGGCAGGUAAUGUUGUGGGCAAUUUAGGUCACUCGUUUUUCAGCCAGAGUUUCCUUAAUAGUAAGGAACAUGGUGGUUUCUUGUAUGUUACUCCUGUGUAUCAGUCGCUGCAGGACCUGGUGCUCCCUACCCCACCAUAUUUAUUUGGAAUUCUUAUCCAGAAAUGGGAAACUCCUUGGGCCAAAGUGUUUCCCAUCCGACUGAUGCUGAGACUUGGAGCUGAAUAUAGGUUGUAUCCAUGCCCCCUCUUCAGUGUCAGAUUUCGCAAGCCAUUGUUUGGAGAGACUGGGCACACAAUUAUGAAUCUCCUUGCAGACUUCAGAAAUUACCAGUAUACAUUACCAGUUGUCCCAGGCUUAGUGGUUGAUAUGGAAGUAAGGAAAACCAGCAUCAGAAUUCCUAGCAACAGGUACAAUGAGAUGAUGAAAGCCAUGAACAAAUCCAAUGAGCAUGUUCUAGCAGGAGGGGCAUGUUUUAAUGAGAGGGCAGACUCCCAUCUAGUUUGUGUGCAGAACGAUGAUGGGAACUAUCAGACACAAGCAAUCAGUAUUCACAAUCAGCCACGAAAGGUUACUGGGGCCAGCUUCUUUGUGUUUAGUGGAGCUUUAAAAUCUUCUUCAGGCUAUCUUGCAAAGUCAAGUAUUGUAGAAGAUGGUGUCAUGGUCCAAAUAACGGCUGAAAACAUGGAGUCCCUGAGACAGGCUUUGAGGGAGAUGAAAGACUUCACUAUUGUUUGUGGUAAAAUGGAUGCUGAAGAGCCUCAAGAGCACGUGUACAUUCAGUGGGUGGAUGAUGACAAAAAUUUCAACAAGGGUGUUGUAAGCCCUAUUGAUGGGAAAUCUAUGGAAUCUAUUACAAGUGUGAAGAUAUUCCAUGGCUCAGAGUAUAAAGCAAAUGGAAAGGUCAUCAGGUGGACAGAGGUUUUCUUCCUGGAAAAUGAUGAUCAGCAUAGUGGCCUAAGUGAUCCGGCAGAUCACAGCAGACUGACUGAAAAUGUGGCUAAGGCCUUCUGCCUGGCCUUGUGUCCUCACUUGAAGCUGUUAAAGGAAGAUGGGAUGACUAAAUUGGGUCUGCGUGUUACACUUGAUGCUGAUCAAGUUGGCUACCAAGCUGGGAGCAAUGGCCAGCCCCUGCCUACUCAGUACAUGAAUGACCUGGACAGUGCCUUAGUUCCAGUAAUUCAUGGAGGGGCAUGCCAGCUGAGUGAGGGCCCAGUGAUAAUGGAGCUUAUCUUUUAUAUUCUGGAAAACAUCUCAUAAGAGGACUUCAUUUUCUGUUCAGACCUGUUCCAGCAGCAGUUGUAUCUGAAUCAUUUGCACUUUAAAACUGGAAAAUUAAGCUUUUUGUUAACACUAUUAUGAGGGGUGGGAAGGGGUUGAAAACAGUUAUUCCAUAAUUCUGAAUUGUCUAUGCAUUUGUCAACAAACCGGAUCAGGGCAGCUUCUAUACUACAAAAUGGCUAUGCUAUCUUUGCAGCUAAUAUACUUCUGUUACAGAUUAGAAACAAUGGUCAUGUUUUAAGACAAGUGCAGUCAUGUAUUCAGUGCUCAAACGGGUGCAGAAAUCACUGAGGAGUAAAUAAAAGAAAACAGUGUCGAUGUUUAGUGUGUUUAGAUGAACUUAUUCUGAAGAAACAAUCAAGACCUCUAUUCUGACCUCAUUAUACUGCCAUUUAUGGUUAAUUUCUCUAGACAUGUAGAAAGUAUCGUUUACAUUAUUCUGACCGGAUUAUUGGUCAAAGUACCUCCAAGACAUGGCAGGAUAUUCUACAAAGAUGUACAAAAAGAAAGCAGCAUGACGGAGGGUACAUUUUACAUCUGCCCUGAACAAAGCAGCACUCUCUCUAAAGACUGUAUGUAAAUGAAGCUUGCAAUUCUCUGUGUAUAAAUAGGAUAGUUGUAUCUGAAAUUUCUUUACAGUAUAUGUGAAAUUGUCCCCUUCAGACUGAUAACUUGGCAAAUAUCUGCCAUUCUAAAUUUUGUUUCCCUCUUUGAAUUUUGAGUGGGUGGGAAAUUGUCACAGGCAUGAGACUUGUUAGCCUUAAAGAGCAGUUACAUGGAAUAGCUGUUCUGUGUUGAGCUGGUCCUGCUUUUUGUUAAAAAAGGAAUCUUCUUUCCUGAUCAGUGUGCACUCUACUUACAUUAUCCCUACCCAUUAGGCCUGCACUUAUGUAACACUUUAUAGUAGCAGCACCACUUUAAGCUAGACUCUGAGAACUAUUAACAAUUUGGCUGCAAUUGCAUGUUUCGCUUUCACUCGAGGCUGGAAAGCUUGUGCUCUGCCUCACCAAAAGACACCCUUUGGCAGGAUGGCAGAGUGAAUCUUCUUGCUACAGCAUAUGAAGCUGGCAACGAGAGCAAGCAAAAGACUGUGAACACAUUCCUAGUAAAGCUAUUGUCCACCCCUGAGAAACCAAUAACCAGUGGGGAAAAACUGUCCAAAGAGCAAGAAGGCAAAUGUAGCCUUUCAGCAGACACAACUGCUGCUUUUUAUAGAGGCUGCCACCUAUGUGCUAGGACUUUUUUAAAACACAGGCCUAAGUGGGGGCAUGUAGGCUUUUAAAGGAAAGAGUAGGCAGUUGUGGUGGAUAUGUUAAAUUGCAUUAAAAAAGCAAUGCAAGCUAUGAUAAUGAACUUUUAUCUACAGGUAGGAAACUAUAUAGUUGGCACUAUAUCGGUUUCAUUUUUGAGCCAGUUGUUAACUGCUUGCCUGAGAUUAGGAAAGACUCUCCUAACAACAUAUAUGGGAAACCUCCAACUGAAGCCUGGGGGAAACAAGGAUGUUAGAUACCAGUCCCAACUUCAAGCCCAAGCAAACGUAGCCUCAUUUAAAAAAUGGGAAAUGAAUCAAUGACCAGCUACCUAUCGGUACUCUGCUGCCCCGAGUAGACUUUGUCUAGGGGGGGGCGGGGUACAAAUCCAA